GAUUUGCCGUGCCCGGCUCCGCGCCUCGGGACCGGCGUGCGGGAGGCUGAGGAGCGCGGGCGGCAGCAGGAGGAGGAGGAGGAGGGCAGCGCCAUGACUCACUUACAGGCAGGGCUCUCCCCUGAGACUCUGGAGAAAGCCCGGCUGGAGCUGAACGAGAACCCCGACACCUUGCACCAGGACAUCCAGGAGGUGCGGGACAUGGUCAUCACCCGGCCGGACAUCGGCUUCCUUCGCACCGAUGAUGCCUUCAUCCUGCGGUUCCUGCGGGCCAGGAAGUUUCAACACUUCGAGGCUUUUCGCCUCCUGGCCCAGUACUUUGAGUACCGCCAGCAGAAUCUGGACAUGUUCAAGAGCUUCAAAGCCACCGACCCGGGCAUCAAACAGGCGCUGAAGGACGGCUUCCCUGGUGGGCUAGCCAACCUGGACCACUAUGGCAGGAAGAUCCUCGUCCUUUUUGCUGCCAACUGGGACCAGAGCAGGUACACAUUGGUGGAUAUUUUGCGCGCCAUACUUCUUUCUUUAGAAGCCAUGAUAGAAGACCCUGAGCUUCAAGUGAAUGGAUUUGUUUUGAUUAUAGACUGGAGCAACUUCACCUUCAAGCAGGCCUCCAAGCUCACACCAAGUAUGCUUAGGUUAGCCAUAGAGGGCCUUCAGGACAGUUUUCCAGCUCGGUUUGGAGGAAUACAUUUUGUCAAUCAACCAUGGUAUAUUCAUGCCCUCUACACAGUUAUACGGCCCUUUUUAAAGGAGAAGACACGAAAAAGGAUAUUCCUUCAUGGUAAUAACCUCAACAGUCUACAUCAGCUAAUACAUCCUGAGAUCCUGCCUUCAGAGUUUGGAGGAAUGUUGCCCCCAUAUGACAUGGGGACAUGGGCAAGAACACUGCUAGACCACGAAUAUGAUGAUGACAGUGAAUGCAAUGCGGACUCCUACAAUACUCCAGCAAAAGAUAUAGAAAAGGACCUCUCUCCUAAGUCCAUGAAGAGGUCUCAGUCAGUGGUGGAUCCUGGGGUGCUAAAACGCAUGGAUAAGAAUGAAGAAGAAAACAUGCAGCCUUUGCUUUCCCUUGACUAACAGUUCCUGAGCAUCAAACAUGAACUGGAGUGGAAGGCACUCAGCAACAAGCAAACCAUUGGGAAAGAGUGUGCCAGCUGGAAUUGUAUUUACUCAUGUUUAUGUAGCAUAAUGGAAGCAGGCAGAAGAUUUUACUAUUCUGCCUGAAUUCUGGAUGCCCUGGGGUGAAAAAGAAGAGAAGAAAGAAGGAAAAUAAUUAAAAAUAGGAAUCAAUAAUUUAUUCUGUAAGUGCCAACUUGUUUGUAAAUACAAUAUAAUCCUCCACUUUGACUUUCUAAGUUAUGGUAAGCAGAAACUAUGAGUGACUACUAAAUAUGUCAGUGAAGUGCACCGUACAAAAGCGUAGAAAAUGUGCAUGCACACACACUUGCGUGCACACACACAGAGAAACACAUACCGGACAAGAAAAAGUAUCAAAGCCAAUUAAAUGUUGUCCUUCUUGUAGGAAGCCAUACUGCAGCUAGUAUAUUGACUGCAAUAUACAGUAUAUUCUCUGCAAUGCUCAGUAAUGUGCAAAGAUAAAGAGGGAUUAUAAGAACUUGGGGAUGCUGUAACCAGUCAAGUAUUUCCUAAAUAUAGGAAUUUAUUUCCAACUAACUUUGUGGCUUAGAAUUGUGAUUUAGCAUAAACCAUGUAGCAUUGUGAAGAAGAUAACAGAUGAGCUGGAGCCAACUCUUUGACAGCUUGAUGUUUGGCUGUAUGAGUCUGUGAAGUUUCUUCCUUAACUUUUUAUUUACAGUUUGCAAGUAACCUGGCUUGUUACCCUAAUCUGGGCGCUGUAAUGUGGGCCAUGUUGGAGUUAUUUCUCUUGCAUUUUGGGUGCACGUCAAGAAGUUUUCUAGAAGUCUGUUCUCCCUUGUAAUGAGAAAAUAAUCCUCUAAGUUCAGUGUAAGAACCAAUGUUUGAACUUAAAGCCUGGCAGCAGAGUUUAAAAGUUAAUCACUGAAUCCUGUGCACUGGGAGACUUGGAUACAUACAUAUAUAUUUUUACCAAUCUCUGACAAACAUGUGAGGUGACAUUGUUAGACAAGUAUAUUUAAUUGAAGGUUUAUACAGGAAAUCAUACCAAUUCAGUGUACUUAGAUAUAUUAUAGAUUGUAUAUUGAGAUGACUUCAUGAUUAAUAUAGUACAACUUUCCAUAGAACAAUAGCAUCCCACUCCGAGCAAGGACUAAUAUGAAUAAGUUGUAGUCAAGUAUCUCAGCCUAUGUGUUUGGGGCACUUUUUUGUUUGUUUGUUUGUUUUUGUAGUGUUAGUGUAUAUAUUUAACAUGUGCCAUAAUAGAAAAAUAUGUUUUACCUCAAAAGGGCAAUAGGAUUCACUAGGUAUUAAGUCAGCUGAAAUGCAGGGGCUGUGUAAUCAUUGUGUGUUGACAUGAGUGCAAUUUAUUAUAUACUGAGACAGGAAUACAUUCUUUGAACUAGACAGGCAUUUCUGAUUAGGGCUUAACUUUGCAAUCAGAAUGAGACAGCAUGGGAUGCUCAUCUAAACAUCCAAAUCAUUGGAGAUAUUGCAACAGCAUGUCUGGACAACGCAGUGAUUAAGAAUAUGCUCAACAGAUGACUACUAGGGAGGCAGUAGUUCACAGGUACCUUGGCUCUAAAGCUCUGUGGUAAGAGUUUCCUCCAUCACUUCAGUGUCCACUGAAAUUUCAAAAUUGCUGGUUAUAAGUCACCUCUCCUUGCCCAGGAUGAUUCCAGAUUUAGGAAUUGGUGGACUGUGGAGAGUUAAGAGAAAUCUUGGAAAUGUGUCAUCUCAGAAUUUAUCCAUGGUGGCAACUUUGGCAUUCCUCAGUGCAGAGAUAAGCCAGACCCUUCCAGCAUCACCCUUGAUUAGCUCAGGCAGUACAUAGAUAAAGCAGUUCAUUAGGAAUAGUGAUAAAUAGAAUAUGCUUCAACAUGCAUAUUGCAGAGCCUUGUCUGAACCAGUCAUCUCCUCUUCACACUCUUAUUUCUGUUUUCAUGAUAUGUGUUAUGGAGAAACAAAGGGAAAAGAUACAGAGCCUGAACUUGAGAAGUAUUAAUCAGUGGCAAUUGCAGAAAGGGUGAAUGGGAUCUGUAGCUGCCUACAUCUUUGCAGUCUAUCCUACAAGUUUUCAGUAGAUGAAGGUAUUGUAGUACUACUUCCACUCUUUGAUGGGCUUGAAAGUAUGAUGAGUUCUAAUCUACAGUUUAAUUCUAUUUUUUAUGAAUCUUGUAACAUCAUGCUAUAUAGGUAAGAUGUAUCUCUAGGAUUUAUGUAAGUGCCAUAUUUGAAUGUAUGUUAUACAUUCCCACAUCUAUGGCUAGUGGAAUAGUGUAUUGCUGUAGCUGAUUCUUAAAUCCUUACUAGAUAAACUGUAAUAUCAGUAUAAAUGUUCUCUUCAUAAGGGCUUUGGGAUUUAGUCACAUUUGUGCAAACUGUGACACAGUAGUGAUCAAAGUCUUCACGGAUGCUGUUGUAUACUUGGGCCAAACCUUGGUGUAAGCCAGCCCAAUUGUGGUUUGUGGAGUACACCAGCUGUCUGGACAGAAAAUGCAAAUGCCUCUUAAUCCUGACAGAGUAUCUUUGUGGGAAAGUAUAUCUGCUCAACUGUAUGUAGCUUCUGCAUACCAACUGAUAAAUCAGUUUUGUUUGUGAGUUCUUUAUUAGCUGUAAUUUAUGUAACGUUUUCUGAUGCCUGAUUUCAGCUUGAAAUUAGUGAGCAUUAAUUAUUAUUUCCAUUUAGUGAAAGCGGGAUAUAUUAUAAAUUUGCAUUACUUGGUCUUCAUCUUUCACCAAGAACAAACCUACUUUUUCAAUAAGAUCCUUACUGUUAAGGAGUUGGGCUACAGCUUUUAUUUCACUGAAGCAAAUUCUUGCAGUGGUAAAUGCAGUUGUGACACUGGAAAAAAAUAUGAAAAUGGAUAAGAAAACCAAUUUUCUGUCACAUGCUCUUGGUAUUCUUUGAAAGCAUUUCUCUUUUACUCAUUAGAGUACAUAAACUGUUUUCCCUUUU